CAAGCAAAGUGCGCAGGGGAAGUAAAAGUGCAAAAGAGAAACAAGAGAUUAAUGUAUUAAAGUGAGACGAGAACAAGUGAUCCCGGCGAGGGUCCAGAGUUUCGAGUUUGUCAGUUAAGUGUAGUCUCUUCCAGUGUUACCAUUCGUUCAUAAUAUAUUAUUCUCAAUCAUACCAUUAAUUUAACAAUAAUAAUUCAUCAAAUAUUCAUUUCAAUAUAUAAAUUUUGGUUUUUUUUUUUUUUAAAUCUAUCAUACAAAAAUUUAUUAUUGUCUUAAAAAAAAGGCAAGUAUAAGGGUGAUUAUUUAAAGGUAUCACAACGAAGAAGAGGAACGUGCAUUCCAGAAUCGAAGAAAAAAAAAUUUGGUUAUUUUUUUUUGAUUGUCAAAUACAAUUAUCUUGGUUAAAAACAACAAAUACACAUACACAAAAUGAAACUUUGGUGUAACUUAAUAUUUGUCUUGGGAAUUGUUUUCUCAUUGAUGGCAAUAACAGCAAGAGCUGAUUCAGAUCUUUGGGAUGAUGAUGAUAAUAAAGAUGUUGUUCGUAUUAGUCGUGGCAUAAAAGAACAAGCAUCCGGAGGCAAAAAGUCAGCCUGCAAAUAUGAAAAGGAAGAAUGGUCUGAAUGUGAUCCAAAAACAAAUACUCGUAGUCGUAAAAUGAGCUUAAAAACAAAAAGUGCAAGUAGUACAUGUGAGCCAGUUAAAGUUGUUCAAAAAAAAUGCAAAAAAGCAGCAUGCCGUUAUGUUAAAGGAUCAUUCAGCAGUUGUGUUAAUAGCCAAAUGACAAGAAUUGAUAAUAUAAAACCAAACAGUGAUCCAACUUGUGAGCCAACUCGUAAAAUUGAAAAGAAAUGCAAAUCAGAUCCAAAUGCUACUAAGAGUGCAAAAAAAGGAAAUAAAAAAAAUAAUAAGCAGUAAAAUGGUUACAACUAAUCCGUCAAAACUAAAAGAAAAAAAAAAUAACAAAAAAAUAAAAAACAAGACGGAUUAAAUGGAGUUUUUAAAAAAAAAAAAUUGUCGAAAAAAAAAAAUAAUAAAUCAAGAUGAAAUUAUAAUAAUUAAAAUAAAAAAAAAAACAAAAUUUUUUUAAAAUCAUUAGGAGGAGCAGUUUUAUUUUACGAAUACUUUAAUACCAGGUAAUAAAUGUAAUGUACUCGAUAUGUUACAAUCGAUAAUUUAAUCUCAAAAAAAAAAAAUAAUUAAAAUAUUAACAUUAAAAAUGAAAAUAUACUAUUAAUUAUUAAAAUAUAAUAACAAUAAAUAAUAAUAAAUGAAAAUAAAAAAAAAAAAAAACAUCAGCGUCCGUGUGAUUGUACAAUAAUUCGUCUGUUGUCAUUAAAAUUGUUUAAUUAGCUUUGAUCAAAUUGAUAAAUUCAAAAUUUCAAAUAUUUAAAAAAAAAAAAUAUAUAUUAAAUUUUUCAAAAAGUCUGAUAAACUAUUGCUUCCACAAAAAAAAAAUUAAUUAAUUUAUAAAUAAAAAUUGAUAAUAAUUCAUCUACUGCAAUUGCAAAUUUUUCUGUUUUCAUUUUUUCAAGUUCAAUUGUUGUUGAUUAUUACAGGUAAUGAAAUAUAUAAAUUAUAAAAAAAUAAUAAACAUUACAAAUAUCAAUAAAAUUUAAUUAUUGUAUCGUAAUUGUUCGUUGUUUAAUUAGAGGCAUUAGAAAACCAGUCAAAAAAAAAUAAUAAUAACAAGCAAGCAGUUUUAUAAAAAUAAAUAAAUUGCAUGCUUUAAAAAAAUAAACUGGUCGAUUGUUGCUUUUAAAAUUGAUAAAUUUUCAUUAUUUAUAAAUGGUCCGUGAACAUUGAACUUUCAUUUGAAAGUUUCCCUCGAUGCAUCACCAAUGAGCAUAAGAAUCAAACUGAUAAACAAAAAAAAUUUUUAAAUAAUUAAUUAAAAAAAAUUGCAGAUAAUAUUGAUGUCAUAAAAUUAAAAACAAAUAUAAAUAUAAAGUUGAAAAAAAAGUUCAAGGAAAAUUGCCGAAUUUUGUAUUUUCCUUGGAUUUAAAAAAACAAAAUAUAAAUUAAUAAUUUAUCAUUUUAUUUUUUCAGCAUUGAGUUUAUUUAAAAAUCAAAAAAUUAUUAAAUAUUAAUUUGAAAUUAAUGAUGAAUUAUAGCUGAAUGAAUAAAUCGUGAAAUUAAAAAAAAAAAAAUGAUAAUGAAUAAUUGUGCUUGAUUAAAAUGAAAAUAUAUAUAUUCUGGAGGUACUCAUUGGUAUUCCAGGAUUACGUACACCAUAUCAUCAUAAGAUUAAGACCCAAUGCUAUCUUUAUAAGCCGAAAAAAGAUGAAGCAUUAAUUCAAUAUGUAUUUUUUUCCUAAAUAAAUAAUAAAAUAUAAAUCCCAACCGGUUUUUUCUCUACUAUCAUUACAGAGAUCUAAAAAAAAAUACGUAUCAAAAUUUUAGAAAAAAAUUCCCACGCAUAAAACACCCAACU